AUUGGUUAAAACCUCUGUUGUUGCAGCAAUCAGUGAGAUAGAAACUGCAAUGUCAAGCUAUAGAGAGAUUUCAGCUGAUUCUCCAUCCCGUCCUAUCUGGGCUGUGGCUGAAAAUUAUCGUUUUGAGCCAGCUUUUGUUGAGUUAAAGAAACUGAUGGUAGAAAUUGGGGAUAUGAUGAACGUCCAACUUAUUAUUGAGGGAUCAAUGAACAGUUCUAAUCCUUAUUUCUCAAGCUCCUGGAGGCGAAAUUUGAGUGGUGGUUUCAUCUUGGAUAUGGGUGUGCAUUUCAUUGCAGGGUUAAGAAUGCUUGUUGGAUGUGAGGUAACAUUAGUCUCAGCCGCCACUUCCCAUGUAGAUAAGACUUUACCUGGACCAGACAAUAUAACAUCAAACUUUCAGCUCGAGAAUGGAUGCUCUGGCGUUUUUGUUAUGGUUGUGUCUUCAAGGUCUCCAAAGAUAUUAUGGAGAGUCGUAGGACUAAAGGGUACUAUUCAACUAGAGCGUGGAGUCGAAGGUGGCCGACAUGGUUACCUGGCCACGAUUUAUGGAGAAGGAGGGACAUCAAGGACCAUUUUUUACCCGUUUAGCGGAGUGACUGAAGAACUAAAAGCAUUCUUCAAUGAUAUUUCAGAGAAUUCAAAGGAGCAAGAGCCUCGUCUAUCAUACGUCGAAGGUGCUCGUGACGUUGCAGUUCUUGAAGCAAUGCUCGAGUCUGGUGCAAAGAAUGGAGCAGUAGUCCCUGUCACCAAAUUGUAGCCUUGAACCUUUUCUUUUUUUAUGAACCUUCUUUAAUAAGUACGAUUUAGACAACAAGAGACCGCUAAAGCUUUGUUGAAAUAAAAAUUGUUACCUUUCAACAUAAAAAUGCAAACUCUAUCAUAUUAAUUUUGUAACCAAUCCUUUAUUAGCCCGAGACUUAUGCAUU